AUGGAUGCUUGGAUCUUGGAUCUGGAUGAAGAUCAUCACUUACUUUCUUACUUUUCACCGACACCAGCUUUUGGCUGGCUGCUUGCUUCCACGCCUUGGAGGCAAAAGCAAUCGCAAACGAAGAAAGAAGAUAGAGAAGCUCAAGGGAUCACAGCGCUACUGUUCCCGAAAGCUGGGACUUAUUUAAAAAUACCGCAAAAAACUUUGCAGCCAAGCAGCAUUGCCAAAAACUCCUCCCUUGUGCCCCAAAUGGCCAGAAAAGGUACUCUUUGGAGCAUACUGAGUACCAGGUACGAUUUAUUUUAG